AGAUCAGCUAUAGAUUACAGAAGAAUGACGUACAGUUAAGCAUAUAAUACAUGGCUGAAAAAGAUAGAAGCGAUACAGUCACAAGCGUUGCGCAUAUGCUGUGGAGCAUUUAGAUCAUCGCAAGUUUCAGCAGUGCACGUGGAGAUGGGGGAGAUGCCUUUAGAAAUCCAAAGGAUUCAUUAAUUUAAGGUUGACAUAUUGGACUACCUUAAAGAGUCGUUUGGAGAGACAAACAGUUCCAAGUGUUGGAAGAUUGUUGGGAAUACGAGUAUAGUAAAAUAAAAAGCUUUGGAUGGACAGUCAAUAAGGAGGCACAGUGAUUCAUUAUAUUCUGUGGCUGUGUCAGUAACACCCCCUUGGCUUUUUCAAAUGACCACAAUUGACCUCCAGAUACAUGAAAAAGUUGCCUUCCUAUAAACAUAUUAGCACAACAAUAUUUAAAUCAGACAUACAACUCCAUGAUACAGAUUUUUACAGAUGGAUCAAUAGAACCAGAUUCAGGACGUACAGUGGCAGCAGUAUAUAUCCCACAUUUAAAAAAUAAAUCACUAUAUCAAAAAGGACAGCAGACCAUAUAUCAGUAUUCUCAACAGAAUUAGUAGCCAUUGACAACAGUAAUAUGCACAAGCAUGUCAAGUGGAAUAGCAACAUCACGAAAAGACAUCUUGUAUGAAAUCCUGCAGAGCCUGUUUAGAGUACGGCAAAUAGGCAUGGCGGUAUUCUUUUUAGGGUGCCGGCUCAUGUAGGAGUUGAAGCCAAAGAGGAGGUGGACCAUCUAGCUAAGCAGGCUCUGAGACAAUCACAAGAUGAUAUUAAAGUGUCACUAAGUAAAUCAGAAGUGAAAGGACAAAUCAGGGUUGUUGUAAUGAAGAAAUGGGUGGAGUCCUGGGAUAAUGAAUCUAAGGGAAGACAUAUGUACAGUAUUCAGGGGCAGGCUGGAGUUGAGAGGUUGAGAUAUAGCAACAGACAAAAGGACGUGGGCUUUUCCCAGUCAGUGGGUGAUUUCAAACCAUUGAGAUUCCCUACUAUUAUUGGAUAGUUUAGAAAUGGCCAUCCUGGUUUGGACACGCCCACUGAUUACUACACUGAGAUUACCCACUUUCAUUGGCUAGUUUAGAAACGCCCUUCCUGGUUUGGAAACGCCCACUGAUCACUACACUGAGAUCAACCACUUUCAUUGGCUAGUUUAGAAACACCCUUCCUGGUUUGGAAACGCCCACUGAUUACUACACUGAGAUCACCCACUUUCAUUGGAUAGUUUAGAAACGCCCAUUCUGGUUUGGAAACGCCCACUGAUUACUACACUGAGAUCACCCACUUUCAUUGGCUAGUUUAGAAAUGCCCAUUCUGGUUUGGAAACGCCCACUGAUUACUACACUGAGAUCACCCACUUUCAUUGGAUAGUUUAGAAACGCUCUUCCUGGUUUGGAAACGCCCACUGAUUACUACACUGAGAUCACCCACUUUCUUUGGCUAGUUUAGAAACGCCCAUUCUGGUUUGGAAACGCCCACUGAUUACUACACUGAGAUCACCCACUUUCUUUGGCUAGUUUAGAAACGCCCAUUCUGGUUUGGAAACGCCCACUGAUUACUACACUGAGAUCACCCACUUUCAUUGGAUAGUUUAGAAACGCCCAUUCUGGUUUGGAAACGCCCACCGAUCACUACACUGAGAUUACCCACUUUCAUUGGAUAGUUUAGAAACGCCCAUUCUGGUUUGGAAACGCCCACUGAUUACUACACUGAGAUCACCCACUUUCACUGGAUAGUUUAGAAACACCCAUUCUGGUUUGGAAACGCCCACUGAUCACUACACUGAGAUUACCCACUUUCAUUGGCUAGUUUAGAAACACCCUUCCUGGUUUGGAAACGCCCACUGAUUACUACACUGAGAUCACCCACUUUCAUUGGAUAGUUUAGAAAUGCCCAUUCUGGUUUGGAAACGCCCACUGAUUACUACACUGAGAUUACCCACUUUUAUUGGCUAGUUUAGAAACGCCCUUCCUGGUUUGGAAACGCCCACUGAUUACUACACUGAGAUCACCCACUUUCAUUGGAUAGUUUAGAAACGCCCAUUCUGGUUUGGAAACGCCCACUGAUUACUACACUGAGAUUACCCACUUUUAUUGGCUAGUUUAGAAACGCCCUUCCUGGUUUGGAAACGCCCACUGAUUACUACACUGAGAUCACCCACUUUCAUUGGAUAGUUUAGAAACGCCCAUUCUGGUUUGGAAACGCCCACUGAUUACUACACUGAGAUCACCCACUUUCAUUGGAUAGUUUAGAAACGCCCAUUCUGGUUUGGAAACGCCCACUGAUUACUACACUGAGAUUACCCACUUUCAUUGGCUAGUUUAGAAACACCCUUCCUGGUUUGGAAACGCCCACUGAUUACUACACUGAGAUCACCCACUUUCAUUGGAUAGUUUAGAAACGCCCAUUCUGGUUUGGAAACGCCCACUGAUCACUACACUGAGAUUACCCACUUUCAUUGGCUAGUUUAGAAACACCCUUCCUGGUUUGGAAACGCCCACUGAUUACUACACUGAGAUCACCCACUUUCAUUGGCUAGUUUAGAAACGCCCAUUCUGGUUUGGAAACGCCCACUGAUUACUACACUGAGAUCACCCACUUUCAUUGGAUAGUUUAGAAACGCCCUUCCUGGUUUGGAAACGCCCACUGAUUACUACACUGAGAUCACCCACUUUCAUUGGAUAGUUUAGAAACGCCCAUUCUGGUUUGGAAACGCCCACUGAUUACUACACUGAGAUCACCCACUUUUAUUGGCUAGUUUAGAAACCCCCAUUCUGGUUUAGAAACUCCUACUUUCGCUUCUGCCCAUUCUGGUUUGGAAACGCCCACUGAUUACUACACUGAGAUUCCUUACUUUCACUGGAUAGUUUAGAAACGCCCAUUCUGUUUUGGUAACGCCCACUGAUUACUUUACUGAGAUUCCCUGCUUUCAUUGGAUAGUUUAGAAACGGCCAUUCUGGUUUGGAAACGCCCGCUGAUUACUACACUGAGAUUCCCUACUUUCAUUGGAUAGUUUAGAAACGCCCAUCCUGUUUGGAAACGCCCACUGAUUUGUAAACACCCAUUACUGUUGGGAUCAUGCGCUCCUGUGGGCGGGGCAUGUUUGAGCGGCGGCGUCGUUGAGCUACAGUAUUAGACUCGCUGAUGAUGCCGAUGGGUGUGUGACAUUCUGAUACCGCAAAAACACCACAAAAUAAAUUCCGGUGAGACGUUAAAGCACAUUUACAGCUGCCUCUCCGCCGGGAGAGGAGGAGGGGUGGAGGAUUUGCUGGACAGCCUCUGUGGGACUAUGGCGCGGGACUACGAUUACCUCUUCAAGCUGCUCAUCAUCGGGGACAGCGGUGUGGGCAAAAGCAGUUUAUUGCUGAGAUUUGCUGAUAACACAUUUUCAGGUAGCUACAUCACCACGAUUGGUGUGGACUUCAAGAUCCGGACUGUGGAAAUAAAUGGGGAGAAAGUGAAGCUGCAGAUUUGGGAUACAGCAGGACAAGAGAGAUUCCGUACGAUCACUUCCACGUACUACAGAGGCACACAUGGCGUUAUAGUGGUGUAUGAUGUCACCAGCGCAGAGUCGUUUGUAAACGUCAAACGGUGGCUUCAUGAAAUCAAUCAAAACUGUGAUGAAGUUUGUCGAAUAUUAGUGGGUAACAAGAACGAUGACCCCGGCUCUAAAGUGGUGGAGACCAACGAUGCGCAGAAGUUUGCGGAGCAGAUGGGAAUCCAACUGUUUGAGACCAGUGCCAAGGAGAACGUCAACGUUGAGGAUAUGUUCAACUGCAUCACUGAGCUCGUACUGAAGGCCCGGAAAGAAUCGGUGGCCAAACAGCAACAGCAGAGUGAAGUCAUCAAACUGAACAAGAGCAGCAAACGCAAGAAGAAAUGCUGCUAAUCUAGUGGAUUCACGCACACACUCUUAAAGAGAGCCAAACGACAGAACGCCACUGAACUGACAAGAGCCAGAGAACUGAACACACUUAAACUAACCCAUGAGAGCCAUAACCAUAGAGAUUUACUAAUGAUGAGCCCCACUGGACUUUGGGAGUCUUUAAAGGACACGAACAAACUCAAACGUUUUAGCAGGAAUGCAUCCAACUUCCUCUUUCUCUGUUUUUUCCCUUGAAGACACUUGGAAGAGAGCUGGCGUGAGAAUUUUAAAAAUGGAAAAUGUACAUGUUUUCUCUCCUUUGUUCACCUGUACAGAUCGCACAUGCCGAAUGUGAUUUGUGCAACCCGUGCGGUGUUAACGUGGCGUGCCAACUGAUACAAAUCUGGAUGAAAGUGGAAGAGAAAAUAAAACUUGAAAUUGUGAGAACUUGUCUUGAAAUAAUCCCGUGUUUUCAUGCUCUUGUAAGGAAGGUCUGGCCACCUUAGACCAAACGUGCGCUGCUCUGCCAUCUACCCAGAGACACUUGUUUUGCAUUUUGCUUUCUAUUUUUGUCUUUCGUUUUUGUAAAAUUGUAUUUUUUUACUAACAAAUGAUACAAUCACAGUAGUGUUUAGUGGAUCUGGUGCCAAUGACUGAACGUUGUUGCAUUGACAGAUCUGGGAGGAAAUAUUGACUCUGUGCAUCGACACACGGUUGGACCUGACGCGUAUAGAGAAGGGAUACACUAAAGUUAAAGGAACAGUUCAGCCAAAAAUAAAAAGUUGUGUUCCUCAGAAAAUAAGACCGUCAUACGGGUAUGGAACGACAUGAAGGUGAGCGACGUUUUUGGCUGAACUGUUGCUUUAAGGUUCUCAGUGCUGGAUUGAGCUUCCAGGAUGUCUGUUUUAUAAACCUUUAAUGAAGAUCAUGUGACUGUAAGCUGUUGUAUUCCACUCCUCAGAUCUUCUAAACACAGAACACAAUCGUAGUUCAUACGAAGCCUCUUAAAGGGACAGGGAGGGGAUUUAUUUUAUGAAAUAGUUUUACGUACUCUCGCAAUAGCUGUGUGUUCCUCACAAAACUUUGCAAUACCUUUAACAGUCCCUUAAAAACACACUGGUUUUACUACAGUAACCACAGUUGAACUUUUGUAUUUGUAAUCGUGAUAGAGCCGAUAAAUCGGAUGAUAUUUGACCAUUUUGCGAUUAUCGGCAAGGCCAAUACUCGUGUUCGCUUGGACGAUUAACAGCAUUGUUAGCUUUCCCUUCUGUCAAUCCCAAAAUCUAUCUGUAGAUUUGUCAGUGGAUAGUCAAAAAGUUUUUUUUCUUUGCAAGUUUAGGCAACUUUGAGGAAAUAUUGCAUUAAAGGGACAGUUCACUCAAAAAUGAAAAUUCUCAUCAUUUACUCAACCACUCUCAUGCCGUCCCAGAUGUGAAUGACUUUAUUUUAUCUCCUGAACUGAGAGAUAAAACAGAUCAAUAUUUAAGUAAAUUUUUGCUAGACACUUUUCUCCCUGCCCAGUCAGGGGUGAUAUGCAUGAAGACUUUGAAUCACCAAAAACACAAGAAGAAGAAUGUGAAAGUGCAGAUUGACUGAGCAUGGAAUUUAUUGUAAAAAAAAAAUGACUUACUGAUCUGUUUCUCACCCACACCUAUCAUAUCCCUUCAGAAGACAUGGAUUAAACCACUGGAGUCGUAUGGAAAACUUUUAUGCUGCCUUUAUGUGCUUUUAGUAGCUUCAAAGUUCUGGUCACCAUUCACUUGCACUGUAUGCACCUACAGAGCUGAAAUAUUCUUCUAAAAACCUUCAUUUGUGUUCUGCAGAAGAAAGAAAUUCAUACACUUCUGGGAUGGCAUGAGGGUGAGUAAAUGAUGAGAGAAUUUUCAUUUUUGGGUGAACUGUCCCUUUAAAUAAGUGUUUGUUUCCCUUAAGAAAUGUUGUGUAUGCCUGAUUUGCUGUUGUUGAAUUGUAUUAUGUUUAUCGGCAUUUAUAUCAGCUGCUUUCUACAUAUCGGUAUCGGCAUCCGCCGACCACUUAUUUGUAAUAAAACCAUAUUGACCGCAGAAUUUACCAUGGUUUUACUACAGUGACUAUAUAGUAAAAAUACAGGAAAACCAAAGUUGAUGUAGUAAAAAUCCUAAUCGUUCUGUCAAAAAAACCAAAAACAUGCUUACUUCAGGUUUACCAUAGUAACACCAUGGUUAAUUUGUGGUACGAGUAUGAUCUUUAAAACCAUGCUUUCCACCAACAACAUGCCGUUAUGAAAAUGAAUCAUGGUUUCACUGUUGUAAACCUGAAAUAACCAUUUCUUGUAGUGAGAACCAUAGUUUUAAAAACACAAUACAUGGACCACAGAUUGACGUGUUACUUUAGUAAGAUUAAAGAUUUUUAUUAUUUUUAUUUUUUGACAGAAUGCUUAUGAUUUUUAUACGUUAAAACCAUAGUUUUGGUUCUCCUGUAUUAUUACUACAGUUUUACCACGAAUUUCAUGGUUAAAAUAUGGUUAUUCUAGUUAAACCAUGUUGUGGUUACUAUGGUUUCACUACAGCUAUGUAGUAAAACCAUGGUGAUUUAUAUAAGGAUGGGUUAAGGAACACAAACAUUUUGUGAGGGAAUGCAUUUCUGACAGGAAGAACAAAACACCAGCAGCACUUGUGAACCCACCAUUGUCGUUCUGUAUGUGUCCAUAUCAUUUAAAGUCUAUUUGAUGCACCUACACAUGAAAUAACACGCAUGACUGCAUAUGGACGCUGACACAUGCGUCUGUGUGUUUCUGUUUGUGUAAGUGAAAUUAUCUGGUGUACACUGGAAUAUAUGAAUUAUUGCUACUCAUUCAUCGUCCCACCAUGAGUCUAAGGAUAAUAAACAUUUUAAGAGAACACAAUGUUUCAGUCUUGACUGUU